AUGCGUGAUAAGUUGCUGAUUGCUCUGUCUGCUGAUAAAGCUGCUGGAGGACCAUUUCAGAGAUACCUGGAAAAACAACAGAACCCAGAAUUACUUGCCAACCAUUUAUUCUGGCAAGAUGUGUCAGAGUACAGUGCUGAGGAAGAUAGAUCUGCUGAUCGUCUGCUUCGGAUGACUCAUGCCUGGGGAAUAUACAACAAAUAUAUUGGAGGAAAUGUUAUUUAUAGUAUAAACAUGGAUCCCAAAGAAAGAGAUGUGCUUCAUCAGCAGUUAAUGGGCGCCAAAGAUUUCAUAGAAGCUUCAGUGUUCAACAGUGCUCAAGACCAUGCUGUCGAUGUGCUAGAACAGGCCUGGGUGAGGUACCUGAAGGAGGAUCUCAAAACUUUUUUAGAAGUUCAAGCACGCUCUCAAGAAUCAGACUUUGAUUCCAUACACACAGCUGAGGAGAUAGAGGUCUCACUUGAAAAUGAACAGUUAGUUGUCAAGAGGUUCCAGAGGCCUUGGGUUAGGAGAGGAGAGAAUGGGAGCAGAUCACCUGGCUCUACUGGCUCAGAACGUGGUAGACGGCUAAGAACAGCUCUCUCAGUAGCUGAGGAAAUAGAUGAAGCCAGAAAGGCAGAAAAGAAGAAAAAAGCUUUAGAAAGAAGGAAAAAAAUGGAAAAAGAGCGUCGCAAAGCACUACGUGCAGCACGGGCAAGGCAAAGAGAGGCUAAGAGAAACAAAAAUGCACCAAUCAUUGAGCACAUCCCAGAAGAGAAAAAGGAGGGUGAAGAAGAAGAGGAUCAGGGUGAAAGAUUGUCUCCAGGGGGCCACUCUUUGUAUGGAGAUAUGGGGGGUGGAGGAUUGACCCCUCCCCCUGUCCUAGAAGACAAACCUGUAGAACUCAAGGAUAUGGUCGGAAAUAAGCAGAUAAUCAAUAUGUUCAAGAAACACAUCCAGGAAAGCGAACCAAAAGAAAAACUGAAUAUGUUAAAUCUAUACUUGGACAUAGACUCUUUCCUGGCAAUUGAAGGAGGGAGCAAAAAGAAGAAGGAUGUUCAAGCUUCAUAUAUUUUUAAGAAUUAUCUUGAGCAAGGUCAUGCUAGAAAAUUUGUGAAGAUAUCUGACUCUGCCUAUGCCAAAGUGUCCAAGGAAAAGGAAAGGCCAAAGACUCCCACAAUCAAGGAAAUCAGAGAUUCUUUGUAUCCAAACAUUGAUGCAACUUUUAAAGAAUUUUGGCAGAAAAAUGAAAGCACAGGCACAGAUCUGAAAAACCUGAACUCCAUGUCAAAGGCAGAGCUAGCCAUGAGGUCUGACAGUGACUUGCAGUUCACUUGGAAAUCGAAAAAAGGAAAACAAAAGAGCACUGGAAGACAUCAACCAACCAAGGAUGACAAGGUGGAGUUUCUCAUGAAUCUGAACCAAUCAGUGCUGGGGCAAAUGCCAAUUAGAAUGUGGUUCUUCUACAAGUAUUUGGUCAAACAUGGAGAGGAUGAGAAUGUCCCUCACCUUGAAAAGGAUUUGUUUUUCUACAUUGAAGUUCAGAAAUUCAAGGAGAUGAGUCAUGCAUACUCUGAUGAAGAAUUAUUAAGGCGAAAGGUGGCAACUUUAAAUCUGUGUUACCUGGAAUCCAACAUUCCCCCUGCACUGCAGAUUGGAAUUUCAAAUGAAGUUCAUCAGAAGACCUUACGUGCAGUGCAACGUUACCUAGGCAACAAGGAAAUGGUGUCAGCCAUAUUUGAUGAAGCCCAGUAUCAUGUCUUCAAGGAAUUGUUGCCAUGGUGGGCAGGGUUUAUCAGGCAGUACACUCCACCUGCAGAUGAGAAGAAAAGACCAUUGACCAAACAACAAAAAAUGUUCAAAAAGCGUUUGGAAAUGUUUGAGCAAAUGGAUGUGCCAAAAACCCAGUUUGUUCUUCCUCACAUUCCUCAAGGCAGUGUGCAGGCUUUCUCUUUCUCCCUCAGUGAUGGAGUCAAAUGGAGGCCAUCAGCAUGGCAUAAUUUGCUGGAUGAUCAUCAGAACUUUCAUAAGCCAGUUUCCAUACCAGCUAGGCAGGAUUAUUUUUCUUCCACUGUCAAUAAGCUGAUGUCAGUGGUUAAAUUGAAAAAGCCUGCCAACAAGUCAUGUGAGUAAUAAAGCAAUGGAAGCACCAGUGGAAAUGUGUAUGGCACAGUAGACAGUAAAAAUAAUAGCUGUCUUUUCUGUUGUAGCAAGUGACAAAACCAUAUCGGUGGUGAGGUCAAGUUACAUGUAACUGUUUAUGGUAACUUGUUCUAAAUCUCUAAUACAAUCAGGUAUUCAUCAAAAAUUAAAGUAGUGGAUUAAAUUUUCGCAGAUCUCAAAUCCAUGUUUAUAUUUAUUUGAAGUAAGAAUACUUAAAAAGGAGCUUUGGAAUUUCAAGGUUUUCAGACUGCCCUCUACUCUGUCUUGACUGAACCAUAGUAUGGUGUUGCACUUGUAACCUGUAUGUACUACUAUAGUACAUGUAUCUUUUGCAUGUUUAACUUUUAUUCUUUUUUGCACUAGGUUAUUUGAUCAUAGUUGAUUUAGCAUUUUUUUUUUAAUUUAAAUUUUUUGCCAGUACACUUUCUUGUCCAAAAUAUGUGGUGCAGAACGAGCCAAGAAUUGACCACCCAGGGCAAAUACAUGACACCAGAUGGCAGUGCUGUUCAGCAUUCUUGGUUCCUUUUCCUUCAGCAUUGGCAAGUCCAUAUAGAGGAGCAUCUUGUAUGGCAUAAUCAGAAUGAACUAGUCUUUCAUGUUAGAUAGUUCCUCCUUUUCAUUGACUUUCUUCUCUCCAGAAAAAUGUAUCCUAUGAAGAGCAAAUGUUGAUUGGCCUUGGUCCUGCCAUUCAUGUGACAUCAGCGGUAAGAUGAUGACCAUG